CUUGGGUAUCCAGCCAGUUAUUACGUGGCAAGCUCACGUACCGCAGUCCACGUAGCCAUUUGCAAUUUUUAAGUUGCCGCCCCAUCAGCUUAUUCUCUUGUUCACCGGCUUCUCGAAUCGAUGGGGAACGACAUCCCCAACAACUCCAGCAGCGGCGACGACGACUUGACCUUCAUCGACGACAGCGAUAUCCUUCUCUCUUUCGCCGAUGAUGAUGGAUACUUGAGCGACGACGAAACGGUGCUGCAUCUGCUGUCGCCGUCCCCACAACUAGCCUCCUAUCAAUUCCCGAACGCCAACGGGCCUCGCCCCCAUCAACCACCCUACGGCCGGACGCUCGCCUUGUUGUCCUCCGAGCACCAGCGCUGGUAUCAAUCUCGAGACGUGGCUACAGCAGCCCCGAAGCCACUUAUGCUCUUUGCUCCGAGUCAGCGCAAGCACGUGCGAACGCGCGCCAGUUCCUUGUCGAGCUUGUCGUCCACUGGUAGCACAUUUAUCACGUCGUCAAAUGAGCCAGAGCCCGAACCUGGUGCGACGGAUGAUUCCAUGUCAAUGUCGUCAAGGUUGCAGGAGUCCCUGGCUCGAAACCUGCACUUAGCCAACGAUGUUCAGCGUCUGUCGCGGUUCGUGGGUCUGUUCCUGACAUGUCUAUGCCAACAGCAUUGUGGUAGCGACUACGAGAUGCUGACUGUGCAAUUCUUGCAAUCGCAAGGCCUGGCGCAUGCGCAAAGUCAAGCCGUGGAGCGGGAGAUGCAAGUGAACCGUAAACUGACGCGCAAGUUGGACCUCGUUACCGAACGCUACCGUGUCGCCAACGAAGGCUACGCGGCGCUCAAGAAAAGGCUAAAUGGAGUGCGUGUGGACCUGCGUCAAGUUGUCCAAGCCAACGAAAACCUCACCGGCAAUGGGUCGUACAGAAACAUGAGCGUCGCGGAAUUGGAGGUGCUCGAGACCACCCUCGAGGGUGGACUGGCGAAGAUUCGGGAGGCGAUGCGCCAGCAGUACCGAGACGUCGUCGAAGGCGAGCGGGAAACAUGUGUCGUGUGUCUGCACGAGAAAGUGUCGAUCGUCUUACUGCCGUGCCGCCACCGCGUUCUCUGCGCGACGUGUGCCGUCCGAGUUCACCAGUGUCCCGUGGAUCGCAUGGACAUUACCGACAGGUUUUCCACAUUUGGCAUGUAGUCUCUUAGUACUACUAGUAGUAGGUUCGGUACUACUUCUAGUACAUGUCGUUGUAAAACUGAAGCAAGUUGACGCGGUUGCGUUCGUUGCGCUUGUCCAAAUCGGACUGCUCGAUGUGCCGCUUGAUCUUUUUGCCCGAGAUGGCGCUGCGCACCGUGUCUUCGUCUGAUGACGACGACGAUGCAUCAUCUUCGGAACUGCCGUGGCGUCGCUUGUGCUUCUUGCUACUGGACGACUUCUUGCGCUUCUUGGUGGAGGAUUUGUCCUUCUUGUGCUUCUUGGACUUCUUUGACGGCUUCUUCUUCGCGUCCUCGUCACUGCUGGAGCUACUUCUGUCGCGAUGACGUUCACGACGGUGCUUCUUUCUAGACUUAUUUGCCUUCUUUGCAGACGACGCGUCGUCCGAUGCACGAGACGACGACGAAGAUCGCCGCCGCGUUGAUCUGGAUCGCUCCCUAGAUCGCGAUCGCCGCUCCUCGCCCUCACGUACACUGCGUCCAUCUGCAUUUUACCGCCCAACGUUCCAUGCAAAAUGGACUAUGCUGAUGAGAACACCAGGACGUAGGACCGUGAACAUGAAGUACCUCGGGAACUCAUCGUGCUGCUGCCACCGCA